AUGGCCCUUGAUAGGGGGAAAGAAGGAGAGAGAGGGAGACAGGAUUUGUUGACCGGCGAGGAAAAGGGGCGCGGUGGUCAGUACGCAAUUGUUAAGACAAAUAUUUACAAGAUUCAUAAUUGCUUUGACGCGUUGGGAUUUGGUCAUCAGAUACUCGCUGGAGACGUAGCGCGGGUUUACAUUGCCCAUCACGUCACUGUUGUGCCGGGUUCCACCGCCUGGAUUUCUGUGGUGGCUAUCGUGAGCGUCGAUGGCGUGAAUGAAUGCUUGAUUGAGUUCUACAAGGGCACGGCUGGGGGAAAAACAGUAGAGACUUCUGCGAAAGUGCGCAGAGAGAAGGUCCUGAAGAUUGUGAACUCGACAAGUAUCGAGAACUCGAGUGUGUUGCAAGGAUUGAUCUUUGUACUAAGGUCACGCAAAGAUUUCUCGGGAUUCUGUGAAGUGUGGAAGGGGGCACAGAGACCGGAGGAUAUUUGGCUGGCGAGUUUAGGAAAUACGGGGGGUGACAAAACUAAUGAUUCAGAAAAUUUGUAG